AUGAAGCAGUCGGGUCAAAGAGGCACCAGAAAUACGCUCCAACAUGGAAUUGGUCCGGUUCUGGUUAUAGCCCAGUUCUUUGGGGUCCUACCGGUUUCGGGGAUCUGGCCAAGCUCUAGACCGGAAAAGGUUCACUUUCGCUGGAUUUCUUUAUCACUUUUAGCUGCUCUGGUUCUGUUUAGUUUCUCCAUUGUGGACUGUGUCUUAUCCUCGAAAGUAGUGUUCGAUCAUGGACUUAAGAUCUAUACCAUAGGAUCCCUCAGUUUCAGCGUGAUCUGCAUUUUCUGUUUUGGGGUCUUCCUGCUGUUAUCUCGUCGUUGGCCCUAUAUCAUCCGUCGGACGGCAGAAUGUGAGCAGAUCUUCCUGGAACCCGCCUACGAUUGCAAAUAUGGGCGUGGCUACUCCAGUCGCCUUCGUCUUUGGGGUGUCUGCCUUUUGGUGUUCGCUCUCUGUGAACACUCCACUUAUGUGGGAAGUGCCCUGUACAACAAUCAUUUGGCCAUCGUAGAAUGCAAAUUGAAUGCGGACUUUUGGCAAAACUAUUUCCAGCGGGAGAGGCAGCAACUAUUCCUCGUAAUGCACUUCACCGCCUGGUGGAUACCCUUCAUCGAGUGGACCACGUUGUCGAUGACCUUCGUGUGGAACUUUGUGGACAUUUUCCUGAUCCUCAUUUGCCGCGGAAUGCAGAUGCGAUUCCAACAGAUGCACUGGCGCAUCCGUCAGCAUGCCAAACAGCAAAUGCCCAAUGAAUUUUGGCAGCGAAUUCGCUGUGAUCUUCUGGAUCUCAGUGAUCUUUUGGGUAUUUACGAUAAGGAAUUAUCUGGCUUGAUAGUUCUCUCCUGUGCCCACAACAUGUACUUUAUAUGUGUGCAGAUUUAUCACAGCUUUCAAUCCAAGGGCAACUAUGCGGAUGAGUUAUAUUUCUGGUUCUGCCUUUCCUAUGUCAUCAUUCGAGUGCUAAACAUGAUGUUCGCUGCCUCCUCGAUUCCCCAAGAAGCCAGAGAGAUAUCGUAUACCCUAUACGAAAUACCCACGGAGUUUUGGUGCGUCGAACUAAGACGACUGAAUGAGAUUUUCCUUUCGGAUCAUUUUGCUCUCAGCGGCAAGGGUUACUUUCUACUGACCAGACGUUUAAUAUUUGCAAUGGCUGCUACCUUGAUGGUCUAUGAACUGGUGCUGAUCAACCAAAUGGCCGGUUCCGAAGUGCAAAAAAGCUUCUGCGAGGGCGGUGUUGGCUCCUCCAAGAGCAUAUUUUCCUAG